GGGCCUGCAGCUCGGGCGCUUUCGCUUUUGAGGACUCUUCGAAAAGCCCUCCUAUUUAAGCAGCAGGCCUCGCCCACUCUAUCGUCUCGUCUCGUCUCUCCUCACUCCACUCGACUCCUCACUCAUCCUACUCGGCAACUCACUCUGCUCUGCUGCACUGCAACGCCAUGGAGGCAGCAGCCCAAGAAAGGGAGCUGCAGCUGCUGCAGCUGCAGGGAGUGUCCUGGCCUUUCCACGCGAUGGAGGCAGCGAGAAGCAGCAGCUGGGACGCCACCACCAGCAGCGGCAGCAGCAGCGGCGCCAGCGGCGGCGGCGGCGGCGAUUGCUUCCUGCUCGGUUGGGAGCCGCCGUUCGCCGCCGGCUGCCUCGGCGUCCUCGCCGCCGACGUCCACGGCCUCUUCCCACUCUACAUGGAGUCGCCGCCGGCGCCGCCGCAGCAGGACGCGGUGGCAUUGCCGGAGGAGCUCGACGACCUUCUCCUGAAUUUCUGGGACGCAAGCAGCGACCAGCAGCAACAACAACAACAGGUCGCCUUCAAUUCCAGCUGCAUCCUGCAGGAGAAGACGAGCAGCACCACUGCCACUGCAACCACCACCAACUCCAACUCCAACUUCUUCUACGACGACGAUGAUCUCCUGGGCUCGAUUUUCUCGACGGGUCCCACAUUGCCAGAGAAAGGCGUGGCAGAGCCACUACUCAGCAGCUCAUCCUCCAACUGCCAGGCGGACCCACAGGUCAGUGAGGUUAGUGGGGCCCAGCCGCAGGCCACUCCGGCCGCGCCAGGUGUCGCGCGGGCCCCACCUCGCUGCUCCUCCUCCUCGUCGCUGAAGCGCGCCGCGCCGGCGGAGGACGCGGCGGCGGAGGCGGAGUACUGCAGACAGAGCAGCAGCAAGCGGCGAAGGGAGGCGGAGACGCCGACGCCGGAGAAGUCGGCGGCGGCGGCGGCGGCGCCGGCGUGCAGGGUGCUGCGCCCGUUCGCGGUGCUGAAGCCGGACGGGCUGGACGGCGGCGCGACGCUGGCGGACAUCAACGCGCGGAUCCUGAUGCGGCCGUCGCGGCCGGUGCGCCACCCCGUCGGCGAGUUCGCGUGCGCGCCGCGCGUGUCGGCGGACAAGCCGGGGCUCUCCGGCAAGGCCGUCGCCGGCUUCACCAGGCUGCACACCCCGGGACGCGGCACCAUCACCAUCAUACGAACCAGAGGCUAGAACACGAUGAUUAGCUGACGACGAAGACGAAGACGAUGUAGAUUAGCCUAGCUUAGGUAGCAAUCAAACUGGCUAGAACACUCUCUAGCUAGCUACUUCCUACUCCCCCUCCCCGAUCGAGCUUAAUUAAUUGAUUCCCAUGCCGUGUAAAUUACAUGUGCCCGAUUAUAUAUAUCGAGCCAGAAAUAAAAAUCUCAAUCUUUUUUUUUUUUUGCAUAAAAUUCU